ACAAGGCUCCGCCCCACGCUGCCCACUCCCGAUACUUCUGCGGCUCGCCGGCGCCCCGGAAGCUGCCCCUGCUCGGGGGUCACGAUGGGCAGCAAGAUGGCUUCCGCCACCAGGGUCGUGCAGGUAGUGAAGCCACAUUCCCCAUUAAUAAGGUUCCCUGACAGAAGAGACAAUCCUAAACUCAGUGCCUCAGAAGCUUUGAGAUCUGCUGGGCUACCCUCCCACUCAUCUGUAAUUUCACAGACUUCUAAAGGAAAUACAUCCGCAGAUUCGCUGAUGCAUCCGGGGCCCCCAGACACUGCAGAGCUCAUAAAAACAUUACCUCAGAAAUACAGAAGGAAACCUAUGUCUCAAGAAGAAAUGGAAUUUAUCCAGCGUGGAGGCCCAGAAUGACCACUGUGCUUGCUGUUUGCUGUCAGACAAAAGGAUUAUCUUUACAAUACAGGACUUCGAAAAUGUCAAAUAAAAAUUGUACAUUAAACAACCUUAAUAAGUAUUCUGCAAAGAGUGAAGUAUGGGAACUCUAGAUGGCCACUUGUAUCUCCUCUAUGUAUAUUGGUCAGCUUCUCUGCAAGCUGGCCUGCAUACCUAUUAAAGUCACAUUUUUACAUGUUAGCCUAUUAACUUCCUCUUGAUUAUGAAGUGUUACCAGUCAUGAGCUGUUAUAAGCACACAGUAUCUAGUAAAUGAUCAAAUUUCCUCUUUUCUGUUUGUUUAGACAUAAAGAUAAUUUAUGAAACACAAUUCCUGCUAUAAGGAAGUUUUUUUCCCUGAAAUUGGAUGAGGAGCAGUGAGAUAUUUCCACUAUUAUUAAAUAUCUGGCUUUUUUCAUUCACAAGGUUAUCUGAUGUAAUCAUACCCUAUUCUAAGUAAUAAAAAUGUAAUUUAAAUAAAAGCUGGCAGUGGAA